AACCCGAAGGCCUAAAGCUCUGUCUCUCUCUCUCUCUGCCUAACUUACUUUUGACAUUUUGGGACUGUUUCUUUCCAUUUUACUUAUUCAUUACAAUUUCGAAGGCAUAAACGCGAACGAUUUGAUAAAUUUUGGUCAGUUGGGUUGGAAUCUGAGUCAAAUCUCACUCAAGUAUAGCAUAAAUAACAUUGAUCUGCAGCUGGGUUUGUUGUGAAUCGUAAGAAAGUUGGACUCAAAACCCAGAUGUCUCCCUCUAAUGGAAGUUAUUCUGGCGGUGGAGAGGAUCAAACAGGAACAAUUAUAUCGAAACACCCGUUCCAAGAUGGAUACUCUUGCUGGUGUCGCCAUCAAGUAUGGUGUUGAGGUGGCUGACAUCAAAAGGCUGAAUGGGUUGGCUACAGAUCUUCAAAUGUUUGCUUUGAAAACAUUGCAGAUACCAUUACCAGGAAGACAUCCACCAUCUCCUUGUUUGUCUGACGGUUCUGCCUCUUCAGGAGAAAACUGUAAAGAAAGGACACCCCCACGUCUAGGCUAUUCUAAUAUGUUGGAGUCAUUAGAGUCCCUAAGAAUAAAAUCAUCUCAACAGAAGGUUUCUCCUGCCUCGAGAACUUUAAAGAAGGCCUCUCCAGCUAUGAGCACUCUACAGAAUUACUAUGGCCUUAAACCUCCAAAUCACAAGGGUGCUUCUGAAGGCAUGGAGAUGGCAGUUUAUAGAACAAGGAGUUCAGAUUACCUAAAUGAAGAACUGCUUGCUGAGACCUCACCAAUGUCUGAUCUUUUUUCAAACUUCCACCAAGAGCGAAGACACUCAGCUAAUGGAUUUAUUCAUGAGAAUGGUGCAAUGGCUGACUAUGUGCCUCUUGCUGAAGCAGGUGAGUCAGAGGGGGAGAAAUCUAAUGAGAAGUCUGUCCGAAGGCGUCAGAAAGCUGAAAUUGAUACACCUGAAAGGUUAUUGAAAGAAGAAAAUGGUGGUGGAAGCAGUGGUUUUUCACCUGUAACAGGAAAGGGUUUAGCCAUGAGGCCAAAAUCAACCAGUCGAACAGCACUGGCCACUGAUUCAGAGUCGGGCUGGCUGAGUACUAUUCCAGUGGGCUUGGGAGAUUCUAUAAUUACUGAUGGACCUGUUGGGGUUCGUAAAUCAUCAAGCACGCCAAGCUUCCUAGACCAGGAUAGCAGUAGUUCAUCCGUUUGGCCAACUACGAAAUGGACUUUGAAACCUGACUUGCAGGCUCUCUCAACUGCAGCUAUCACAAGACCAAUCUUGAAUGGUUUACCAAAGCCUAUAAGUGGUCGCAGGGGUAAAGCUGCCCUUGAUUAGCUUACACUCCAGCACACUGGUAAAAUCAAUUUUUUUUUUUUCUUCACUUUGGUCUCGUGGAAUCGAAUUUCUCAGCAAUAGCUACAAAGUGUAAUUAAAA